AUGGAUGAUUCAGCAGUUGUCGCCCAUCAUGCAACUCUGGAAGAUAAGAGAGCUCAGUAUAUGGCCCCGAACGUACAGAAACGUAAGAGGAUUAGGAAUAUCGUUAUCGGUGCUUUGGCCGUUCUUCUCGCUCUUGCCGUCGCUCUUGGUGCUUUAUACUUUUUCGUCCUUCGGAAACACUCGAGUAAUAAGGAUAACACUACGUCGGGUGGUGGUUCCGGAUCUUCAUUGACGGGAGGUAGUCCAACUCGUACGUCUUCUGGUGCAAGUCCUUCCAAUACCGUCCGUGUGACGGGUGGUGAUGGGAGCGUCGUUACCUUUGAGGAUGGGAGCACGAUGGUCUACAGGAAUUCGUUUGCAGGGACGUGGUAUUAUGACCCGAACGAUCCAUUCAACAAUAAUGCUCAGGCUCAGAGUUGGACACCACCUUUGAAUACGACGUUCAAGUUUGGGACGAACAAGAUUCGUGGUGUCAACCUUGGAGGCUGGCUCAACACCGAACCCUUCAUCUCACCCGCUCUCUACGAGAAGUACCUAGACGCGUCGACGCCCGCCAUAGAUGAAUGGACGCUCAGUACGAACAUGGCAGCCGAUAAGGCCAGUGGCGGUUUAGGUCAAUUAGAGAACCACUAUGCAACGUUCAUUACCGAGGAGGAUUUCGCGCUCAUUGCGGCUGCCGGCCUCAACUUUGUUCGGAUUCCGUUUCCAUACUGGGCGAUAUCGGUCUUCCCAGGUGAACCGUUCUUGGAGGGGACCGCUUGGAAGUACUUUUUGAAGGCGAUUCAGUGGGCACGCAAGUAUGGGAUUCGGAUUAAUCUCGAUUUACACGCCAUUCCGGGGUCACAGAAUGCGUUUAAUCAUUCCGGCAAGUUUGGAUUGGUUAAUUGGUUAUAUGGAACGAUGGGGCUCGCGAAUGCGCAGAGGUCGUUGGAUAUUAUAAGGAUUCUUGUCGAGUUUAUUUCGCAGCUUCAGUAUUCGCCUGUAAUUCCUGUUUUUGGUUUGGUGAAUGAACCACUGGCACCGAGUAUUGGGAUUGAUGUCCUUGGAAGUUUCUACCUCCAAGCAUAUUACAUGAUUCGAAAUAUCACUGGUGUUGGGACUGGUAAAGGGCCGUUCAUCACCAUUCACGAUGGUUUCCUCCCCAUAAACGGUUGGUAUGGCUUCUUGUCCGGUGCCGACCGUAUCAUGCUCGAUACACAUCCGUAUUUGUGUUUCCAAGCGUUGGACCCUUCUCCACCUUCACAGCAGGCUGGGAGACCCUGUGGUGCGUGGGCAGGCAGGAUCAACCAGACGAUGCAGAACUUUGGGAUGGUUAAUGCCGGGGAGUGGUCUUUGGGGUACACAGAUUGCGGCCUCUUCCUGAAUGGUGUUGGACUUGGGACGCGGUAUGAAGGGAAUCUCUCGACAUUCCCAAGUACUCGCAUUGGGAGCUGUGCACCUGUGCUUGAUUGGGAGAAUUAUAAUCAGUCGACGAAGUCUGGGUUAAUGGCGUUUGGUUUGGCUCAGAUGGAUGUCUUGCAAAACUGGUUCUUCUGGACGUGGAAGAUUGGCAACUCUUCUGUUUCUGGUCGGGUUGAGUCGCCCCAUUGGAGUUAUCGUCUUGGUUGGGAGAACGGCUGGUUACCAAAGGAUCCUCGAUCCGCUAGCGGAGUGUGCGCUUCGCAGGGAGUGACUACGCUAUGGACGCCACCACUUGCAGCUUGGCAAACAGGAGGUCAAGGUGCAGGGACUAUUGCAGCUGGCCAACUACAAACCUAUGGUGCUUGGCCGCCAACGACCAUGUCCCCGAGCGUCAACAACGUCCAGGCGUUGCCGCAGUACACGCCUACGGGUUCGUUGCCCACGUUACCCGUUCCGACGUUCACUGGGUCUGUGGCAUCCACCGUCAGUCCUGGGGAUGGAUGGUAUGAUUCAAGCGAUACCGUCGGGUAUUACACUUCUAUCCAGGGGUGUAGUUAUCCUAAUGGAUGGAGUGCUGUAAGUGCGCCGAUACCGACGGGGUGUGGAGGGUCGGCGAGAAAACGGAAUGGUGGACAAGUCGUUGCUGCCGCUGCUGCCGGGCCGCCUUGGGCUACUAUCACACCAUCCCCACGCUUACGAUAG